GCGUGGUUUUCGGAUCUCGUAAGCUCUGUGCUUCGUAGACCUAGCAGGGCUCAAUGCAGAACUUGCAGGAACAAGUGCUGGCCAAAGUGCUGAAUAAUCUUGAAGUGCGACCAGCGUGCCACAUAGCGGGGAAUUAGCGGAGCUCUGGAACUGGAGCAGUGGAUCAACGUCACCGCAGCUUCAACACCACCACCACGUCCAACGUCCCGCGACACGCACAAGCCCCGUGAGAGCGCCAUGCGUGCAUCCCUCUUUCGCCGCUGCACUUACCUCGACCGCGUCCCGCCUGACUGAUCCUCUCACCCCGUUGUACGACCCGCUACCGUGGACUUUCUUUCCGCCUUUAUUUGGGCUUCCUGCGAAGCUUCCGUUGCGCGAGACACGUCUGCAUCUGCGGCGCUCGUCGCGAAUAACACACGCCACACACCUCCGCACUUAGACCUACGAGCACGCAGGAGGUCUCUAUCGCCAUGAAAUAUAGCGUAUACGACCGCCUGUUGGAGCGGGAACUCGCCACCGGUCGCAACAAGAGGUAUUCCAGCGUACUCGGCUUGUACGGCGACAGACAAUGGGCGCAGGACAUGGACAUCGUGAACGAGCUGGAAGGCCACAAUGGAUGCGUCAACGCUCUCUGUUGGUCGACAUCCGGCCGUCUGCUGGCUUCAGGCUCCGACGACCACCGCAUCAACAUUCACUCUUACCAACCCGAGUCCUCUACAUCCCAAUUCAGUCUCACUACCUCCAUCCUGACGGGCCACCAGAGCAACAUCUUCUCUGUGAAAUUCAUGCCCUACUCCAACGACCGCACCAUCGUCUCUGCCACCGAUGACGUACGCAUCUUCGAUAUCGAACACUCGGGACACUCGGCGUUUGGCUCUGCAGCUUCGGACCGUUUGCAAGGAGCGAGGGGACGCGUCGGUAUCCACGGCGCGCCGGAUGGGCUGACCUUGACUGAGGGAGAUACCAAUGCGAAGGCAUUCAGAAGCCACAAGGACACAGUCAAGCGAAUUGUGACCGAAGACACACCUUUUUACUUUCUCACUUGCUCCGAAGACGGCGAUGUAAGGCAGUGGGAUGUGAGACAGCCUUCGAGGGUCUACCCGCCACAGCGGGACAGCAUGAUGCCGAGCUGGGCUGCAGGCAGCGAUGCAUCAGACAGUGUCCCUCCGCCCCUGAUAUCGUACAGCCGGUAUCAUUUGGAUCUGAAUACCGUCUCGUGCUCGCCAUCACAACCGCACUACAUCGCCCUUGGUGGCGCGCAUUUACACUGCUUUCUCCACGACCGCCGGAUGCUCGGAAGGGAUCUGCUCCGCGAACAGGGCGCAAAACUCGCGAGUGGCGGAGCGCAGCACGAUGAUGAAAUGCUAGGCAAAGCCACCCAAUGCGUCAAGAAGUUUGCUCCGAAUGGGCAGCAGAAGAUGAAGCGCCGUGACAAUGGACAUAUUACCUCAUGCAAGAUCAGCGAUGCAAACCCAAACGAGCUAGUAGUCAGCUGGUCUGGAGACUACAUCUACAGUUUUGACAUGAUGAGAAGCCCAGACGCCUCAGAAGAGAUGAGAGAACCGGGCCCAUCAACUGCGCCUUCCAAACAUCGGGUCAAGGACAAGAGUCGAAAACGAAAACGACCAAAAUCCAGCAUCUUGUCGCAAGAGGGCGCGAACCGGGCUGGAUCACGCCAACGUACAGAGAGCUCGGAAGAGGGUUUGGCGCUGCGUGUCAAUUAUGCCAAUGGGCAGAGUGAAGAAAUCCGCGUAGAAGCUCCAGAUAGCCCCUUGACGCCUAGUGAGGUGGCAGCAAUCCAGGAUACUGAUCACUAUCGCAUCGCGAAAACCACCGUCGGGAUACUUUCCAAGAUGUUCAAUCUUUCGGAAGUUCAUGGCGCUGACGCCGGAAGUCCUGCCGCCCACAAGGCGGUAUUCACAUCUGUGCUUGGGUUUGCGGCUUCUGUGUUACCUGAUAUGGAUGAAACGAUCAGAACUUGGGGUUAUCCGAUUGAUCCUUCACCAGUUGACGUUGCUGUGCAGAACAAACUUCGUGAACAACGAAGCUCUUUCCGGCGUUUCGUACAGGCUGCCGGGACACUUGCACGUAUACUUGGAGGACAGCUGCGAACGGGCGGAGACGCCAAUGCUGUUAUCGCUCAACACUUUGCUUUCAUCCAGCACGCACCCGGCGAAAGACAGAUACCUCAGCACGAACAGUUUGCAUACGACUUUCUCAAAGCCAUCCUCCUAUGGCUCGAUAGCGGAGUACAGUCUGUCCUAGAUGGCUUUGCAAGCCCGAGCUCGAAUUCCCGCAUGCCGCUUCCACCAGAUCCUGAUUCCGAUGCAAUUGACGAGAUUCUCAUACCGUACCUUCUUCAAUUGGCGAGUGACGAUCCGAUCGUCAAUGUGGAUGUGUCGAGGUUCGAGACGGACGACACACGUGUUUUGUUCUCGUCUGAGAAGGCCGCCGUCAUUGCGUUCAGCAGGGCUGUAAAGAUUCCAUUCAUGGAUCUGACCGGAGCAGUCGUACCUACGUCUGGCGAUGUGUCAGUGGAAAACGAUCUGCAAGGGCAAGAUCGCGCAGCUGCAGUGAGAAACUGGGCAUUCAAAAUUGGCAGGGGCCUAUUGCUGAAUGCUGCAAGAGGAACACGGUUUUCUACCGUAGAUCGGGCGUUUGGCGGAAGCGGAUUAGCAGACCCGAGUGUUCAGGCCGAGGAGAGUGAGCACCGUGAACGCCAAGAAGAUAUCGAUCCGCUUGAGGAAGACGACGUUGUCUUAGAUGCUGAGAUUGUGAGUCGUGCAUGGGCUGACCAAACGACAACAGGCUCGGCGUCCGUUCGGCCUUCAAGUGCUGAAGGGGUCGGCGGUAGCGAGACAAGUGGUCAAAACCUUGAGGAGAUGGUGGAGGAGGACGAUGACGAAGGUGAAGUAGAUGAUGAGGAUUCUGAUGGUGAUGUCGAAUCAGAGAAUGAAGAAGAGGAUGAAGAGGAUGUUGAUGAAAACGGUCUUGCACGGACACGAAGUGGUCGCGUCCUUUGGCGUUCCGACUUUGACCGCAGCUACCUUCGGGAACGCGUCGAAUCUCACGUACCUUGCGCACCACAUACCCGCGUCUACACUGGACACUGCAACGUUCGGACAGUGAAGGAUGUGAAUUUCUUUGGUCAGAACGACGAGUAUGUGGUCAGUGGCAGCGACUGCGGACACGUAUUCAUCUGGGACCGGAAAACAGCCCAGCUUGUCAAUAUACUGGAAGGCGACGGCGAGGUUGUCAAUGUGGUUCAAGGAAACCCUUACGAACCAACAAUGGCGGUUUCCGGCAUCGAUCACACGAUUAAGAUAUUUUCGCCAGAUGCUAACGCGCAACGGAAUGCUCGCAAGGGCGUCGGCGUUCACUCCGCUGAUCGUGGACUCUCCAGUCUAGGAUUCGGACGGAGACGACGGCCGCGACGUCCUUCUGCUACCUCGCCUCCUGCAGUGCCUCGCGAUCCCUCGCUCAGUGAUGAUGAUGAUGACGACGACGACGAUGAAGUUGCCGAGAAUGGGCUUAAGAGUCGCAAGGCCAUGCAUGAGCAGUACCAGAUCACGUCUCAGAACGACAUGGAUAGGAAAGGUGGUCGGGAAGACGCAUUCAUAACCAGGGCGUUGCUUGCUCAAUUGGCGCAACGACUGCAUGGCCAUCAGCAGAUCGUUCUUGGUGGCGGUGAUGACGAUGAGGAUGGCGAACCGACCAUUGUAUUCAAUAACGAUGAAGGCUGCAACGUUCAGUGAGGCAUAUGUUGACUUGCCCCGGGGUGAUUGGGCUUGCUGGAGAGCAAAAAUAAGGGUUCUGCGCUUGCGAUCUUCAGAGGGGGAUUCAAGAUUCUUUGCAAUGUAUUGCUACACUGCCACUGCUGUCGUACUAUUCGGGGCAAUUGAGACAAACACACGCAAUCGAAGCUACAGUCACAUCACUGUUU